UUCGCUUUGGAUGUACACCAAACCAGUGGCUUCCACUGUACAGACUUUGGUUGGCUCUAAUGUUAAGCUGACAUUUCUACAUUGUUAUUAUGCUGAUUUUGACCUUUUUUUGAUUUUUACUGAAGGACGGAUUUGUGCCACUUUGGAGCUUUCCGACGCGCAUCCAAAGGCGACACCAGUUGCCAAUACGCAAGGCUCAAGAUUCCUCAAAUCAAUGUCCUUGUAUGGAGCAACAUUUAAACAGCUGUUGUCGAGAGUGUGUGUUUUUAGAACCCGUUUAUAAACCUAAUAUCUUAAUUUGCGCGUGAAGAGCAAAACGCAUGGCUAUUGGGCGUCCGCCUCGCAGCGCACGCAAAUCUCUGUGAUGUGGCUGCGUCUCACUCUGUCAACCUUUUGUAUGGCUAUAACUGGACAUUUCUCACCGUGUGGACACAAUUCAAGGAAGUAAAGUGUUUUUCAUUGUUUGUUGGUUGCACGACUCACGAUGUCAAUGAUGACUGAGAACAAUGAGAUGGAGAGCGACUCGCAGCUCCAGCGCUCUCCAAGCACCAUGUCCAUCCAACCGAUGACAUCCAAGCUCGAGAGACUGAAGCGUUCACUGUCCUUCAAGACCAUGAUGCGCAGCAAAAGCGUGGAGAACUUCUUCCAAAGGUCCUACAGUGACGCUCGCCUGCCCCCUGAUUUCAUCACGGACCCGCCGCCUCCUUCUCCCCCGCUGCUGCCUGGCUCCCCUCUCGUCAGCGACCGCUCACCCUCCAUUUCGCCGUCUCUCAGCCCCAACCCCUCCAUCUCCUCACACUCCCCUUCUCUCAGCCUCUCCCCAUCAUUGCCCACCAAACCUCCCCGGCCUCAGAUCACCCACUGUUUCCAGGACCAUGUGUUCCGCAAGCCCACCAACUGCCAGCACUGCAAGCACAUGAUAGUGGGAAACUCUAAACAGGCUCUGCGGUGUAAAACCUGCAAGAUGGCUGCUCACCUGUGGUGCACCUCAGAACUGUCACAGCAGCUGUGUCAUGGGAAGUCUGGAGCUUUCAAGCGAAACUUCAGCUCGCCGAUGCUCGUCAACGACCAAUUGUCAGUCGUCAAGGAAGUUCAACCAAGCCAAGAGGCUGUGCGGAUGCGGGUAGACCCUGUGUAUGCUGCCCUGCGCUACGGGACGUCCUUGGCACAGAUGAGCCGCUCCAGUUUUGGCAGUUUGUCAGAAUCGCCAACACGCUCCCUGGGGGAGGGAGAUGAGGAGAGGCAGCAGAGGCAGUGCAGCAUGGAAGAAGAGAUAACUCAGGAGACAGGGGACAUCCCAGUCCCUGAGCCUGAGAUGGAAAAAGAGGAAGAUGAAAGCAGCAGCCAAGCUCAGACUCCUGCAGAUGACAGCAGUGUGAAGAUGCCGAAGCGCAUUGAAGUUCACGCAAUCCACACCUAUGUUGCCCUCUACAAGUUCCUGCCUCAGGAACAGAAUGACCUGGAACUUAAUCCCGGUGAUCGGGUGCAGGUCACCGAUGACUCUAAUGAAGAGUGGUGGAAGGGUAAGAGUGGCGACAGAGUCGGUUUCUUCCCUGCCAACUUUGUGCAGAGGGUGCGGCCAGGAGAGAGAGUGUGGCGGGUCGUCCAGGGUCUUCCAGGCAACCGAGAGAGAGGUCACAUGGCCGUGAAGGAAUCCCAGAUCUGUGUGGGGAAGCUAGAAGAUGGUGAGGUGUUUCUGAAGCUGAGCAGUGGCAAGAAGAGAGGGCUGGUCCCAGCUGACUCCAUAGAGGAGAUCUGAGCCUCUGCGUGAACGUCACCAUCCCUCCUCUUCUAUCCCCCCCUCCUCCCCUCAACCC